ACACCCGCGCCCCCUCUACCCCCACCACGGCCUUUAGACGCCCCCCGUCCCCCAGUCGGCCCUCAGAAAAGCCCAACGGCCAGCCACUGCCCAGUGUGGAGCCUGAGCCUGUGGCGUUGUCCAGAGAGGACCGGACAUCAGGAGACGGGAUGGAUCCAGACAGCUCAGAGAAGGACCUGGCGGAGGUGCCAAGUCUGAGGAAGAGACACAGGGAGGAGCGUAUCGCCUGCACGGCCCAGAAGCUUCACCUGAUGAAACAGAGACUGACGAACACAGAGAGGCAGAGAGAACGCUGGCUGUACUGGAGGCCUGUCCUGCUCAACAUGGGGGCUGGAGCUGCCGUGGCCCUGGGGCUAGUGGUGGUUUGGCUCUUCUCCCAGUGAUUUCCCUCCCUCUGUCAGAGCUGCCGUGGCCCUGGGGCUAGUGGUAGUUUGGCUCUUCUCCCAGUGAUUUCCCUCCCUCUGUCAGAGCUGCCGUGGCCCUGGGGCUAGUGGUGGUUUGGCUCUUCUCCCAGUGAUACCCCU